CUAUCUUGACUUCAAUUCGAUUUUCCCGGGGGUAAUUUUUUCUUCACCUUUUCCCCAAGCUUACUUCAACUGUCUUUUGCAUUUCCAUUUGGCGGUUAAAUUUUCAAUUUAUUAUCACACAUAUAUCCUCUUUAUUUUACCCAAAAUCGAUCCAAAAUGAGAGGGUAAAUCUUCCGUCGUUCCAACCAAAAAAAGCUGACGUUAACUUUUAGAUUGAAUAAUUCUGAGCAAUAAUAGUUCAUUGAUUAGUCAAUAUUCGAAUAGGCUUAUUUUUCAAAUAAAAGCACUUCAGCUUCUUUUCCAUUUGGUCAGUUUUGCAAUUGAGUUUAAUACCAACCCUUUAAAGUACCUUAGGCAAAAUGUAUCAUACGGGUCGCUAGACUCCUUAUUCGCUGUAGACCGCCUCGUUUAAUCAAUUUUGUGAAUUUCCUUUAGCAAACAAUUCCCAUUGAUUGAAAACACAUUUUAAAAAGCAGUUUUUGGUCUACACUGAAAAAUAGUUAGAACAAACCAGCUGAAAAUCGGCAAUUUUCUAUAUCUUUGAAAUUAAAAAAAAAGAUUCUUAACCCGAAAUGGAAAAAGAAUAUAAAUAAAAGUUCUGAUAACAAAAAUCGAUAAAACUUUUUCUGAAUGCUUUAGUUAUCUGGACUCCGAAAUCACAAAAGAAGGCAAACGAUACCCGUAGCAAACAUGUCUACUUGAGUUCGGGGAUCUGUUACUGCCCUUAAUUAAACUGAUUGACAUUACCACACCACUGACCAUUGUACUUAUUUUACAAUGUCUUCUCAAUUCCAAAUACUUGCCAUUAUUUCUCUUAUUUCUAUGAAUAUCGGAGGGGUACGAACAUCCAACACAAAAGACCACGAAAUCAGCAAGGACAGGGUGCGGCAGCUGGGCGAGAAGCUGCAUGAAUACUUCGGAAGAACACUCGGUGAAAACUUGGGGGCUGAAAAACUGGAAGAUAUUGUGCGACAGAAGAGUCCCCGCAUCUCCAAGAUAGACGGAGAAAAGAUGGUGCUGGAGUUCGCCACUGAGAUGCAGAAGAUGCUCAGUGCCAAAAUCACUGCCAUCGAGAACAUUGCCAAUCAAACGGAGGAUGCGAAUAUGAAGCACAAAUACGAUCGAGAUCUGGAGUUCGACUACUACAACGCAAACUUCCUGAACAAGUACCGACUGGUCACUGACGAAUGGGGCAACCAGAGUAUGGAGUUGAGACCCGACAGUAAGGAGAUGGUGUUCAUAUCCAGCGAACAGUUCCAGGACACCAGCAUUAACUGGACACACAGCACACUACAAGUGCCAGUCAGCAUAUUCAAAAGAGACCCAGACGUGGUGAAUGGGAUUUACUUCACGGAGAGUCUGAACCGAGUGUUUGAGGAGAACCACAAGAAGGACCCCACCUUAACCUGGCAGUACUUUGCCAGCUCCACCGGAUUCUUCCGAAACUAUCCCGGCGUGGAUUGGGGCGUGGGCGAGGGAGACGUGGACGUGUAUGACGCAAGAGAGAGGUCCUGGUAUCUGCAGGCCUCCCACUCACCCAAAGAUGUCGUCAUCCUCAUUGAUUCCAGUGGGAGCAUGACUGGUAGUAGGGAGUUUGUGGCCAGCAAUGCUGUCCAAACCAUCAUCGAAACACUUCUGGACGAUGACUUUUUCAACAUACUCACAUUUGCAGAGGAGACGAACUACUUGGAGGAGUGUUUCAACGGCCACUUGGUGCAGGCUAACUCGGACAACAAGCAGAUAAUGAAGAAGAAGCUGGAUGAGAAGACUAUGAGGGGAGGGUCAAUUGGGAUUGCCAACUUCCAGACGGCACUCACCACCGCAUUCCAACUACUCAAAAAUAAGUCGCAGGACGGGAGUCAGUGCAAUCAGGCCAUUAUGCUGUUGACAGACGGGGCAGUUGACAACUUCGAGGAGAUAUUCGAGGAGUACAACAGCGAACGAAGGAUCAGAGUCUUCACGUACAUAAUCGGCCGAGAUGUGAAGAAUUCUGACCCUGUGAAGUGGAUGGCAUGCAACAAUAAGGGAUGGUAUGCUCAGAUUGCCACUCUUGCUGAUGUUAAAAUCAAUGUCAUGCAAUACAUCCACGUGUUGUCCCGGCCCAUGGUCAUAGCCAAAUCAAAACGGUACAAAUGGACUAAUGUAUACAUGGAUGUUGGAUCACAGGGCCUUCGUCUGAUGACUACAGUUUCGACGCCCGCUUUUGACAACGUGGUCGAAAGGGCUAAUGAAGGUAUUCUGCUUGGCGUAGCAGGUGUCGAUGUGCCUAUUAAUGAAAUGAACACCUACACGCCAUCUUACAGACUUGGCCUUAACGGAUAUACAUUUUCAAUUACAAACAAUGGUUACAUCAUGAAUCAUCCUGAACUUCGUCCAAAGUACAUGAAUCACAAAGGCGAAGAGCUGGACAAGCCGAACUACAACAGUGUGGACAUGUCUGAAGUGGAACUACAGGACAGAAGACACAACUACACUUACGACAACGGAACCAAAGUCUGGGUUGAGGACGGGCUGCGUAGUAGGAUGGUGGAUGGCCAAGUGGGGGGCUACACUCUGGAUGACGUCAUCUACCGCAUGUCUGCGUGGGACAGGAUAGACAUCAGAGACAUGAACUACUACUUCACCCCAUUGGAGAAAACACCCUUCCGACUCGCAAUUGCUAUCCAGCGUGAGUUCGGCAUGUACAACUUCUCGCUCAAGUCGGGAAUGGGUCGCCGAGAUGAUCCGAAAAAAAUAAAAGCCAUGGAAUCAAAGAACAUUCGAUUGGAUAAAUGCAAUGCACCGCAACCAAACGGCCCAAAACACGAUACUCUCUCGGUUUGUGCGGUAUACUGUAUGAUGGACGAGGGUACCAGUAAAGAGAUGAGUCAAAUGCAGGCGGUCAUCAACGAGAUCAAGGAUCCCAUGCUUAACCGGGAACUCAAAGUCAUCUGCAACACGAAUGCGGUGAAUGCAGUGAUAGAAGACGCAGUGGUGACUCAGGAGUUCGCAGACUCAUUCUGGAGAGACCGAGAAGGCGACCAUGUAGCCAUGGGUGUUCAAGAAGUGUUUGUGGGGACGCGGAGUGGAUUUCUACGCUUCAAACAAAUAGGCCAGAAGAAAACAGAUGCUGUCUACUCAAAGAUCCUCAAGGUUCUGGCGGAGGAGGAGUCUACACUUGGUGCCGAGUUCUUCCAGAUGGCAUCUUCGAUUUAUUCCCUCAUGAACAGAAGUGGAGCUCUUGUUAUAUGGAUUCCCACUACUAGAGAUAUAUACGACGUUGCCAAAAAGCAUCAAGGAGUGAUGGCAGUUGCGAGACUGGUCUUCGCCGGACACACCCCGGACAAACAGAACCCAUACUCAUCUGCUCAAUCGGGAGGAGGGUCAUACAACAGCAACAACUUCUAUAAUGACAGAGACCAGUAUUCCAAUUCAUGGAACAGGGACUCAAAGUCAGACACCCAGUUCGAGUCUCAGGAGUCGCAGAGUCUGUUUGAUCCCUCUAAGUUCAACUACUACAACAAAAGACAGCGACGCAGUUCCUCGUCAUCGUCAUCCGAGGGGAACAACGCUAGCAAAAGCACAGAAGGCGAGGGAUUGAGAAAGAAAAUUGAGGAGAUUUUUCUGGACUCGUCGCUUUAUGAGAAGUUUGACAAUGGGACUUAUCCCGAAAUAGACCCGAGUAGCUUUUACUACCCUGAACACGAGAAGAACCCGAGGGCAUUAGUUGGAGCUGUGGGCAUGUAUGUGAGUCUGGACUCGGUGGAGCAGAAGUUCAAUGACAUCCUGCGGGAGAGUGGGCGGGAACAGAGCUCAAGGCAGACUGCCAGCACAUUCGCACAACAGAAGUCAUGUCUAGAGAGCGACUUGAUUGAUUGCUAUAUUUUGGACCACAAUGCCUUCGUUGUGAUGUCCGAAAAUAAAGACCACUUUUCCAAGUUCUUCGGAGAGAUAGACGGAAACGCAAUGAGAUCGUUGGAGUCAAUGAACCUUUUCAAGAAUUACACACUGUUGGAUCAACAAGGCAUGUGUGAGUUCACAAUAUCCAAUGAAAAGGCAGCAGCCAACAGACCCUCAUUUGCGUUGUUCCGAGCAUCUGCGAGAAUUGUGGAACUUACUUUCGGACUAAUCUCUCAACUAGUAUUCGUCAACAUAUUCCAAUUGUCGCUUCCACUCAUGGACAUCUGGAACAGAGCCAUGGUUCUUGCCGAAGACUUCAAGGAGAACUUGGAGGAGGCGGUGGACAGUGUGGUGAGUCCAACUCUGAAUGAACCCACAAUUGUGAUUGAGAAGAAGGGCUACGAGCCAUGUGACAUGGAGAAGUUAGUCUACUUGAGGAACUUCGAGGCUGUGGACGGACACACCAAGUACGAGUGCAAGGAACUCAACGCACAACUCAAGUGCUUCAGAAAGAUGUUGUACACGGACAUAAGGGAGACCAAUUUAGUGCUGCUGACAGUCAUCAACUCCCCCAACUGCCAGUGCAAUCGGGAGCCCUUCAGUCUGCGCAAGACGAGGAAGGAGUACGCCAGCAACCUGGAAAAGUGUGACCGGAUGCUGUUCCAGAAACACAGGUCCAGACCGCCCAACUGUGAAAACUUCCACGAAAAGGAGGACUCCAAACAUUGUGGUCGGAGCUUCCGAACAGAAGUGACUUCUCUUCUUCUCUGGAUUUCAAUCGUAUUCCACUGCAUCAGACAUAGCUUAUAACCUCAUAAACUUUGAUUAAUAAACUCAAUUGAAAACAACGAAUCAAUAACUUGAAGUUUAUUGAUUCCCUUC